GAGAGAAGGGGGCGGGGGGAGUCUGACCGCGGCUCCGAAUCUGGCCGCGCCCUCUGUCGACUUGGAGGGAAAUUGCCACUGAGGGAGAGGGGGGGGGAAAAGAGGAUGUAGACUGGAUGCUGCUCUGAAUGCGUGCUGGGGAGGAGACACGAGUAAUACAGCUGUUGUUAAGCAUCUGACCAUGAGGAGCUUAAAUUCCAUCAGAACAAGAAUUCCAGAGGGAGGUUCAGUGAGGGUGACAAGCAGGAAAGAUGUUGAGCCGACUGCAGGAGCUCCGCAAGGAGGAAGAAACACUGCUGCCGGUAAAGGCAGCCCUGCUGGACCAGCUCAAUCGACUCAAGGUUGAAGAGCUGGCCCUGCAAUCAUUUAUUAGCUCCAGAGAAGGGAAUGGAAUGAUCCAUUCUUCACCUUUAACAGAGGAACCAGAAAAUAUCUUGGUACAGGUAGACAAUGAAUCUUCCAUCAAUCAAAUUGAAUUACAGCUAAGCACAAGAAACUGUGCUCAAGAAGAGGAAGAGGAGGAAGAAGAAUCAGAUUCCUGAAGGAGAAAGGGGAAAAUCAGGAUUAGUUAUUUAUCUAAAUUAACAGUAAGAUUCAGGAACUUCCAUUGUUCAAUCUGAGUAUAAUCAUUAUAGCCUGUUCAUGAAGAACUCUCAGAAGAUGCACUAUUAAAAAGACCCCAUAGCUCACGGAAGCUUCAGAUUAAUGUUGAGUUCAAACUAAAACUGAUGAAAGGUAGGAUAUUCAAGAAUCUAUAUUUUACCAGGGGAAAAGAGGUCAAGUUCAUACAAGUUAAUCAAAUUAGAUACAUAUGCAUAUUAGAAAUAAAACUCCAUGUGAAUUCUGUUGAAAUGUUCACCAACGUACAACCAAAAUAGUUUAACUGUAAGGCAACCUUUCACAUUUUCUAAUGCGUAUUUACAGUUAAAAACAUGCCAUUAAACUCCCAUAUGCACAAACAAGACUGAAUUCUGGGUUCUAGAAUCUACUAAUGGUUAAAAGGAAAUGGGAUUUAAUGGGAUUCAACUUCUCAUAUAAAAAGUGGAAGCUCUGUUGAAAUGCUACUUUGAGGAACAUCAUGACAUAAGAGCACACAAUAUGCUUCUUGGUAUGGUUAUGACUGUAUCUUAUUCUAUCACAUUGUGGUAAAAUGUGUUCAGAAUAAAUCUUAGAAAAUGCUAACAAAUAUCAAAGGAGAAAAGCCAGACUGAGUUCUUGUGAAAGUAGAAUACAUAUUAAAAUGAUGAAAUUGAA